AUGUGUUUGAGUCAUGCCGGAUGGAUAAAAUAAGGCAGUUUAACCUCAGUGUUGAUGCUGAGUCUUGCCAUAUCAAACCUAAUGACUCUACUUUCUCUGCAUGGCUGGCACUUUGCCAUUAUGUAAAUAUAUUUGUACUGGAGCCUCAAUUGUUGCAUCCUGUGCAUUAUUUUAAUGAGUGUGCAGAGAUACAAUCCAGUUCUGCAUUACCAGAAAUGGGCCAAGCUUGGAGGAAAAGGUCAGAAGAUUCUUCUGAUAGAAAUGUGGAUGUUGAGUGGUGUGUUGGUGUGAUAUGCUCUCAUACAGUCUAGUGAAUGUUGGGGAAAGGCUGGACAGAUGCAGUGCAGGUGAUACCUUUGAAAUGUCAUAGAUCAAGUAACUAUUCUCCAGAUUUGAAUGUUUGUGGUGUCCUCCUUCCUACUGGCUUUUUUUUUCUGUCAUCAUUAUCGAGGGGUGAAUCGGUCAGCUUUCUUUAACUGUCACACAAUGACUUUAAAGUUGUUAAGCAGAAUUGUGGUGGCCUUUUAUGUUUUUUGGGUCCUGUUUACUAUCAACAUUUUGUUUAUGGCUAAAGUUUUACUCAAGAAUGACAAGCUGCUGGGAUUCGCAGAGGCUGUAGAUAAUAUAACUGCAGCACUACAGCAUAAACUGUCUAAUGUUCUGCAACAGCAUCUCAGAAAGGGAAAAGUGGAAACAUCAGAUCAACAGGUCAUGCCUGCAAGUGCAGCCACCUUUAAAACGUAA